UACCGACCACGAAGCGGCCGUGAUUCUGGUCUUGAGUCGGGAACUCAGGACGUUUUCCACUCAUUCCCGGUGUAUGACAGACAUUGAGCAGGACGUCAUGACUGUGUCGGGGAAGAAAUUCUUCGUCUAUGUGGCGGGAAAAACCAACAAUGCUCAUGAAGAGAUGGUUGAAAAUCUUAGAGGCAUCGGCAAAGACCAGGUGUCUUCUUUUGAAGAAAGUGACUUCCUGGUGGUUUUCUGUCCCGUCGUCUCACGAGUUGGAACGGACAUCAACGCGGCCUUGAAGGGGAUUCCAGGGGGUAAACGAACAAUCCUGGUGGUGAUGCAUCACACCUUCGACCCUGAACGCAUCGUAGCUCCGAGCAGGAGACAGGUGGACGACCCGAACGUCCGGCUCACCGUGGACUGCCUGUUCCACCAGGGCAGCCUCCUGGGCUGUGACCGCAACCGUGAGGCGUGGGCCGAGGUCCAGAAGGUUCUUGGAUCUUCCCGAUCAGUGGUUUCUCGCUGGAAACGAUUCCUCUGCAAAAAGCUUUUCAGCAAAGGAGGAUUCGGGGUCGUCGCAGUUGGUCUUGCGAUGCUGUGGUGGUGCCGGUGGAACGGGUGGAGCUGGUGGAGCUGGUGGGCGCAGGGGCUGGAUGAAUUGGGUGUAGCUGUUGGUGCUGGUGCAGGGGGUACAACGGUUGGUGCUGUUGCAGGGGGUGGAGAUGGUGGUGUAGCUGGUGGUGUAGCUGGUGGUGUAGCUGGUGGUGGCAUUGGCGAGAUGGAUGAGGUGUAGCUGGUGGGGGCAGGACCAGGUUGGGGGAGAGUGGAGCUAGUGGAGUGGGCGGAGCUAGGGGGGAUCUUUGUUUACAGCCCCUCCUUGUGGAAGAGAACCAGAAGAAGACCUGAGAGGGCUGCCCGCCAACCACAGGACAGGAAGUUGUGUCGCGUAAACAGAAAGAUGCGUCUGAUGUUAUUUCUGUUGUGAAGUCUGAUAAAGAUGAUUUGGGCUGAAACUUC